GCUUACCUGCGUGCAAUCAGUCAAUCAAAUGAAAGUGAUUCAAACUUCCUAGUUUGAGCAGAGGAUCGCAGUUUAAAAUAAAAAGCCUGCCGUUUUACUCGGGCAGUGGAAGAAGCUGUGCAAAGUUUGUAUUGAGGAACCGAAUUACUUAAAAGACAGCCGACUGACUGAAGUCCAGAAGAUGGAUAAUUUUGAUAUAGAGGAGGACAGAGCAGAACCUCCAGGAUCCAGCUGUCUAUCCAUGAGGAGUGACAGGUCCAAAGAUGAACCUCCAUACUUCAGUAAAGAACCUGGACCCUCAGACAAAGAAGGGCAGAACCAUAAACAGAGAGCACAACCUCCAGGAUCCAACUGUCCGUCUGUGAGGAGUGACUUUUCCAAAGACGAACCUCCAUACUUGAGUGCAGAACCUGGAUCCUCAGACUCAGAAUCGAGGAGCAAACCACAGUGUGGAGAGAAACUCAUAGCUGGACCGCUUGCAGCACAUCAGAGCAGCUGUGCAGCAGUAGAUGUUGGUCUCCAGGAGGUUCUAGAGGAACAUAAAAUCAGUCUGAGGAGGAGAUGUGAAUGUGUGACUGAAGGAAGUGAUGAAACGGGAAGUAGAACCCUCCUCAAUAGGAUCUACACUGAUCUCUACAUCACAGAAGGACAGAGUGAAGAGGUUAAUACCCAACAUGAGGUGAAGCAACUGGAGAGAUCUUCCAAGAUACAGACCCUCCAUGAUUCUCCAAUUAGGUGCCAUGACAUCUUUAAAGCCUUCGCUGACCAACAUGGAGCCAUCAGAGUGGUUCUAACCAUCGGUGUCGCUGGUGUUGGAAAAACUUUUUCGGUGCAGAAGUUCACUCUAGACUGGGCAGAGGGCUUGGAGAACCAAGAUGUCAGUGUGGUGGUUCUGCUUUCCUUCAGAGAGCUGAAUCUGAUCAGAGAUCAGCAGCACAGUCUUCUCACGCUGCUCCAUGUUUUCCAUCCAACACUCCAGAAGCUCCCAGUAGAGAGGCUGGCUGUCUGUAAACUUCUUUUCAUCUUAGACGGCCUGGAUGAAAGCAGACUUUCUCUGGACUUUAGCAACAGUCAGCUUGUUUGUGACGUCACACAGAAAUCAUCAGUAAACAUUCUGCUAAUGAACCUCAUCAAGGGGAACCUUCUUCCCUUGGCUCUCGUCUGGAUAACUUCCCGACCUGCGGCGGCCAAUCGGAUCCCUCCUUCUUGUGUUUCCAGGGUAACAGAAGUACGAGGCUUCACCGACGCCCAGAAGGAGGAGUACUUUAGGAGGAGGUUCAGCAAUGAAGAGGAGAAGUCCAGUAAGAUCAUCUCCCACAUCAAGACCUCCAGGAGCCUCUUCAUCAUGUGUGGGAUCCCAGUGUUCUGCUGGAUCACUGCUACGGUUCUGGAGAACCUGUUGACCACAGAGCAGAGAGGAGAGCUGCCCAAGACCAUGACUGACAUGUACUCACACUUCCUGCUGGUGCAGACCAAGAGGAAGAAGAACAAGUACCAAGAAGGACAUGAGACGAGUCCAUAUGAGCUGUGGGAGGAUGAUGGGGAAGUUCUUCUAAAGCUGGGAAGGCUGGCUUUGAAACAUCUGCAGGAAGGAAACAUCCUGUUCUACCAAGAAGACCUGGAGCAGUGUGGUCUGGAGGUCACAGAGGCCUCGGUUUAUUCAGGAGUUUGUACAGAGAUCUUCAAACGAGAGAGCCUGCUCUUCCAGAAACCAGUCUACUGCUUUGUUCAUCUGAGCAUCCAAGAGUUUCUGGCUGCAGUUUACAUGUUCCACUGUUUGACCAGCGGGAACACAGAGGUGGUGGAGGACUUCCUGGGAGACGAAUAUGGUGAAACAUCUCUUGAGGAAUUCAUGGAGGAAAUCAUGGAGCAGUCCCUCCAGAGUCCAAAUGGCCACCUAGACCUGUUUGCUCGCUUCCUUCAUGGCCUCUUAGUAGAGUCUAACCAGAGCCUCUUGGGAGGCCUGCUGGGUCAGGUGGAGAACAGUCCAAGAACCAUCCAGAGAGUCAUCAACACUCUAAAGGAGAUGGACACUGAUGAUGUCUCCCCUGAUAGAAGCAUCAACAUCUUUCACUGUCUGAUGGAGAUGAAAGAGCUCUCAGUUUAUCAGGAGAUCCAACAGUUCCUGAAAUCAGAGAACAGAUCAGAGAAGACGCUCACAGAGAUCCAGUGCUCAGCUCUGGCCUACAUGCUGCAGAUGGCAGAGGAGGAUUUGGAUGAGUUAGACCUGGAGAAGUAUAACGCAUCAGAAGCUGGACGACGUAGACUGGUUUCAGUUGUCAGGAACUGCAGAAAGGCUCGACUUGGUGGCUGUGAUCUCUUUGAGGCUGAAUGUAAGGUUUUGGCCUCAGCCCUGAAGUCUGACCUCCUGACUGAUGUGGAAAUAGAGAAGAUCUAUGGAGGUGAAUCCUUUGAAGACUCUGGAAUGAAGACUUUUUGUGAGAUACUGGAGAGUUCAAUCUGCAAAGUGAAGAAACUGACAUUGAGUAACUGCAGUUUGUCGGAGAUCAGCUGGGCUUCUUUGGGCUCAGCUCUGGAGUCGAAUCCAUCCCAUCUGAAUGAACUGGACCUAAGCUGGACCAACCUAAACCCUGGAAUGAAGGAUCUCAGAGGGUUUCUUGAGUCUCCCCUCUGUAGACUGCAGACAUUGAAAUUGAUUCAAUGCGGUUUGUCAGGGAUCAGCUGUGCUUCCCUAGUCUCCGCUCUGAAGUCAAACCCCUCACAUUUGGAACACCUGGACCUGAGGAUGAACAGGUUGAAGAAGUCAGAUGUUCAGCAGCUGCAGGAUCUUGUAGAAAGUCCAGACUACAAACUGACAACUCUGGAGUGGAAGUUACCAACUUAGUAGAGAAGAGAAGCUGAUCUAUGUCCUGAUGAUCUACAGAGGUUGAAGCUGCAUUUUAAAGAGAUUCUGACUGGAUCCUGAGGAUGAACUGAGUUUAUAGAUUUUUUUUUUAUCUCUUUAUUUGAUCCUGUCUGUCAUUAAGUGUCUGAUAUUGUUGGAUCAAUGAUGAUGAAAUUCAAGCUAAGCUCCAUUCAGUGCCUCUGUUG